AUGAGCAAAUUUCUGCAACGUUUGGGAGUUAUACUGUCCCUAGAAGUUGGGCCUCAUAGUUUGUCAACUUUCGAGCAGGACGAAGGAUUUGGUAGGAGUGGACACAAGGAUGCAUUGCUUACACCGGGAAGCUAUGUGAGCAAUGCGUCAUCCACCUACAACUUCGGCAAACUCAAGUUCGCCGGAAUCGUCUCCAAAGAAUCAAAAUAUGGCCCGUCAUUUCUCAAUUUGGAGUACCCAUCUCCACUUUCUAAGAUGCCAAUGUGGAGAAUGGACGAAGGGAUUUCAAUGCCUAAUAUUCCAAAUAAUCUUAGAUUAUAUGACAAAGAUAUGCACCCUAGAGAUGCCUUUUCACUUCUUAAUGACAAUGAUAUUAAGAAUACAUGUUCAACAAGACAUGAUGAUCUCCAUAAAGACUUGGAUUUAAAAAUGGAAAUACUCGAGUGA